AUGGACAAAACAUUGUUUGUCAAGACCACUGGGAGUCAUGUUACAAUUGCUCAGAUCUAUGUGGACGAUAAUGUGUUUGGAUUUACUCUACAGAAGUAUACUGAUGAUUUAGUGGAAGUCACGAAGAAAGAGUUUGAAAUGUCCAUGGUUGGUCAACUGACUUACUUCCUAGUUCUUCAAGUUAAACAAAGCCUCGAAGGAUACUUUAUCUCACAAGAAGAGUAUGCGAAGAACCUGGUUAAGAAGUUUGAUCUGGAAUCAUGUAAGACACCUAGGACCCCUAUUUCAACCUCUGCAAAUCUGUCCAAAGAUGAUGUCGAUCCCAAAGAGUCACAUCUAAUAGCUACAAAAUGGAUUUUGAAAUACAUCAAGGGUAAAAUUCAGUAUGGAUUAUGGUAUUCCAAGGACAGUGAACUGAGUUUGAUCGCAUACUGUGAUGCUGAUUGGGCAGGAAACAUCGAUGACAGGAAAAGCACAUCAGGUGGAUGCUUCUUUGUUGGGAAAAACAUAGUGUCAUGGCUAAGUAAGAAACAGAGCUCAAUAUCCCUGAGUAUGGCCGAGGCAUAA